CUCGUCAUCUUCUUCUCGAUCGAACAACUAGGGUUUUACGGGGUUCAAUUAGAUCUCGUCCGGUCUUGGGACGAGCAUGGCCAAGAAGAGGAGGAGUUCGCUUAGGCCGGUGAAGGCUUCGAAUGGAUCUCCACAGCAUCAAGCGAGCUCAGACUGCUUCGAAGGAGAGCGCCUCGACAAUCUUCUGUCGCAACUCGCCAAGAGUAUAGAGUUGGCUAAACUAUCCAAAGGGGAGUUACCUGAAAAGAUAUGGAUCAAGCAACAAUUCGCUGUGGGGGUCAAUGAUGUAACGCGUGUGCUUGAGAGGAUGGUCGAAGCUGAGACGGGAUGCCAAUCUAACGAAGAGCCAAAGAAUAGUAAAGCUCCUUUGGUACCACUCCAGGCGGUGAUAUUAGCUGCUGAUUGCAACCCACGGUGGUUGACAAAGCAUAUCCCAAGUUUGGCAUCUUCCACACAGGUUCCUAUGAUCCUUGUGAAGGAUAAUAAAAGAGGUUCUUUGAGACUGGGUGAACUGGUGAAGUUGAAGACAGCAAUGGCUAUUGGAAUAAAGGCCAAAGGAAGCAGAAUUAAUAAAACUGUUGAUGAAAUUCUCGGUGGUGCUACUUCAGUAGAAGAUACUCUUGAAAUGGCUCAGCAAAUUCGCACUUGAGUUUUAUGGAAAUCUUGCAAUUUGUUUGCACGAGGAAGCUUCAAUUUAUUGGUGUAGAGCUUGGUUAAAGAGCCUGAUGCGGCAGAGAUCUAGGAUGUCAUUAACCGCAGUGUUGUUCAUUUGCAAGGAUCUGGUUCAUCUGAUUUAGCUUCGGAGAAUUAACUUUUUCUGAGGUAAAAGACGCGAGGCCGCAGAUUUUUGGUGCUGAUGCACAAGUCAUCGAACAACAGUAAAUACAUCAACAGCUUAAGUACAUUUCUGUAGUUUCGUGUCUUUCAACUCUCAUCAUAUACGAGGCUAGUGAAGUUUUAGAAUUCUCCAAUUUAAUAAUUCUUUCCGCAAGCAAAGUUGGUCGCAUUUGAUAAAGUAUUUCUCAUGUGGAAGGAAGAUAUGGAUUUGUAGUUAAGGAGGCAAUAUUGAUUUUGGCAAGACCAGGUGGAAUUUGUUUAAGCUGGUCUUCUCUAGCUUUGCCUUUUCCUAGUAUAUGGUUCUCGGAUGUGCUGUGCUGUGCCGUGCCGACUUGUAUAAAUGUUGGUUUAAAUUCAAGCAGUGGUUUCUUGCCCAA